AUGGAACUCGACCUAGAACAUUUUCGCGCCAUAAUUUAUUACAACUUUCAGAGACAAUUAUCGCAACAAGAAAACCUUGCUGAGUUACUGUCGGUUUUCGACAACGAAGCGCCACAUCAGUCGACAAUUUGCCGUUGGUAUGGAGAAUUCAAACGUGGACGGGUGAGUCUUAGAAACGAACCCAGGGUGGGUGCACCAAAAACGGCAGUCACCCAGGAAAACGUCGAUGCUGUGCGCAAACUCAUCAUUGAAUAUAGACAUGUGAUAUAUCGCGAGAUUGAGGAGUCCUUGAAGAUCUCAAAGACCUCAAUUCAAACCAUUUUACAUGAAGAAUUAGGAGUAAGAAAAUUAGUUUCUCGUUUUAUACCCCGCCUGUUGACUGAAGAGCAGAAAGCAGCCAGGGUUAAUUGGUGUCAAAAAACGCUUGACCGUUUCAAUUCCGGAAACUCAAAAAAUGUGUACAGCAUUGUCAGUAGUGAUGAAUCGUGGAUUUACUGUUAUGAACCAGAAAAUAAACGUCAGUCGGCUGUUUGGGUGUUCCAAGGUGAAGAAAAGCCAACAAAAGUCAUCCGUUCUCGAAGUGUUUCGAAAAAGUUGUUCGCGACAUUUGUGUCAAAAGCGGGUCAUAUUGCAACAAUUCCUCUUAAUGAUCAAAUAACUGUUACUGCGUAUUGGUCUACCACCAUUUGUUUGCCAAAAGUCAUCACCGAGCUUCGAAAAAUCAACCCCGAAGUAAGAAUUAUCCUCCACCAAGCCAAUGCAAGCUCGCACAUAGCACAAAAAACAAGGCAGUAUUUAACGGAAGAAAACGUGGAAUUAUUGGACCAUCCUCCAUAUAAUUUCUUUACUUUCCCGAAAAUUAAAAACAGAUUGCGUGGUCAAAGGUUCCAGUCACCAGAAGAAGCAGUUCACGCAUUCAAAAAUGCCGUUUUGGAUCUGCCAGCAAACGAGUGGAAUAAGUGCUUCGAAAAAUGGUUCGAGCGCAUACCUUGGGAAAAUGCUCCAAGCCACGAGGAGAUGGUUGAUGAACCUGUGCAGGCAGAAUUCUUUCAUAAAGAUUUAGAGGAACAGAUCCAAAGAGUAAUCCUAAAUAUGUAUGAUUGUCUGAAAAACGAAAAUCCAGAUUCCUCGCAAAAUCAAAUUUUAAACAUAAUUUGUAUCCUGACAAAAAUCAGUCGGUCUACCAUUUAUCGGGUUAUAAAAAGGGGAGAUGUAGUCAACCAUUCCUUCCACAGAAAGCGCAUAGGGCAAAAAUUAAAAAGAAUAGACGUGGGUUUUCAGGAAGAUAUUCGUCGUAUAAUAUACGGAUUUUAUAAAGAAAAUUUGGUGCCCACGUUGGAAAUGAUACGGGAUAAAUUAAAAGAUUAUCUCGAAGAUUUUUAUAAUUACAAAUGCUUAGACUCACUGCACUGUAUUGUAAAACUGUGUGGUUUUCAAUACAAAAAAUUAGAUAAAAGAAUGGUGAUUAUGGAGUCGUCUCGAAUCGUUGAAUUGCGCCAAGAAUUUUUGCAGAAAGUUAAAAUCUAUGGAGAGCAGAAAAGAAAUCUGAUUUACCUGGAUGAAACGUGGUAUGAUACCCAUGAUGUUGUGCAGUACGGCUGGGUUGACGACAGCAACAAGUGCAUUUUAAAUGCACCAUGGAACCGUGGAAAACGAAUCAUUAUUCUCCAUGCUGGCAGUGAAAAUAGAUUUAUACCUAAUGCCUUGCUGUUAUCUGCCAAAAAUAUCAAAGAAUCAUGUGCCGACUAUCAUGAGGACAUGACCUCCGACUUAUUUGAAAAGUGGAUAGAGCAGCAGCACAAAAAACAAGACAUUAUUGAUUUUAUGAAGGAUAAGGGAGUGGAAAUACCACAAAAAUCAAGCAAAGCCAUAUUAUUGGAUCUUAUUAAAAGACAAAAAUUUGAAAAAGAGUAUGUUGUUGACAAUCUGCUUCAGCAAAAUGCCCAUGAAGUAUUACGUCUACCUCCCUAUUACUGCAUUUUUAACCCGAUUGAUGAAUCGCUAUUGGCCACAAUAAGAGAUGCAGUAUCUCAUAUUGCUGCCACAGACCUAUGGAAGCAGUGUUCUAGGCAUAUUAUUGAAAAAGAAAAUGAAUAUUGUGUUUUGCCUCCUGUAAAUCCCGUUGUAAUUCCUCUACAAGAUGACUCUAGCGACAGCUCCGAAGGCGAGGAUGAUAUAUAA